CACCCGCGCGUGUGUUCGCCCCCCCUCCCCACUCCAGGCCGCCAGGAUGGACGUGUUCAUGAAGGGCCUGACCAUGGCCAAGGAGGGCGUCGUGGCUGCGGCCGAGAAAACCAAGCAAGGGGUCACCGAGGCGGCCGAGAAGACCAAGGAGGGCGUCCUCUACGUCGGAAGCAAGACACGAGAGGGCGUGGUACAAGGUGUGGCCUCAGUGGCUGAGAAAACCAAGGAGCAGGCAACGCACCUUGGAGGUGCUGUGUUCUCCGGGGCUGGCAACAUCGCUGCAGCCACAGGUCUGGUCAAGAAGGAGGAGUUCCCCACCGAUCUGAAGCCAGAGGAAGUGGGCCAGGAAGCUGCUGAGGAGCCUUUGAUUGAACCCCUGAUAGAACCCGAAGGGGAGAGCUAUGAGGAACCACCGCAGGAAGAAUAUCAGGAAUAUGAGCCAGAGGCCUAAGGACCAGGGUCGGUCCUCACCAGCAGCACAAUUUCUUUCCUGUCCCCCCAGAUCGGCCCCAUCCUGGCCCCACCCCACAACCAGGGCUGUCCUAAUUUACCUCCCCCUCCCCCGCCUCUCCUGAGCCCCCCAAAACACGAGAUCUUCCUUCUGCUCCGAGGCAACCCCCGACCCCACUUCCUUUCCUCGGAGCCUGUGUUCGUUAUCUGUCCAUCUGUCUGUCCUCCUCCGCCCCCGGGCGUCCUACCCUUGGGAGGGGGGGAGCCAUAGACUGGAUGGGGGGGAGGCCCGAGACUAUUCCCUGG